AAUCAAAUAUAUUAGUUUUCAGCAGAAUAAGUCACAUUAUACCAUUGGAAGACAUGGACCUUUUACUGCAUGUAAUCUGUGUUGGAAUUAUCUUUAUAAAUGUAACAAGUGGCCUAGAAAAUUUGGCCAGAAAUUUAGCAUUCAAAGAAGAAGCUUCACAGAGUUCCACACACGACGCAGGAUGGGCGACAGCAGACAAAGCUGUAGACGGACAUCUAGAGGGGGAUGGCUAUAAUGAAUGUAGUUUCACACGAGCCUUUUGGGGUAAAACAGCCUGGUGGAAGUUAACUUUGACUCAGUGGUCCAAUGUUGCAUAUUUGCAAUUUUUCUUCAGGAAAUCUACUGAAAAUCGACAUAUUGGAUUCAAUGUGAUUGUGUUUAAUGACACAUCCUAUGCACCUUCAUCUAGCGAGUCUGACGAUGGAUAUAAGGUGUUCACCCAGGAUCCAUCUCACUGCAUAAAACAAGAAAUGAAUGUGACCGUCAAUAGAGUGACUAAAGGAAUAGCUGUAUUUAAUUCAAAGGAUCCCCCACUCAAUACAACAUGUAAAGGAUAUGUACCUGGAUUUGCUACCAUCGAAAUUUGUGAAAUAAAGGUUAUGGGGUGUCACUUUCAAAAUUAUGGACAAAACUGCAGGCCAUGUCCAUCAAAAUGUUUGAAUCAGGAGUGUGAUGCCUUUGAUGGGUCCUGUAUAUACGGAUGUAGCGACAAGUUGUUUGAACCACCUGAUUGUAUGUUUUGUAGAGACGGGUUCUACGGAAAUAAUUGUGAAGGGACAUGUGGAAAAUGUAAUAAUAAUGCCGUAUGCAACAAAAUAACAGGUAUCUGUCCAGAUGGAUGUCAUUAUCAAUGGAAUGGUUCAUUGUGUAAUGUCUGUCAAAGUAGUUUUUAUGGUGGCAACUGUACAAAAACAUGCGGUCAUUGUAAACCUGGAACAUAUUGUCACAAUGUAACAGGCCUUUGUAUGGAAGGAUGUGAUGAUCAUUGGAAUGGUUCUCUAUGCAAUGUAUGCAAAGAUGGCUUCUAUGGUGAGAAUUGUUCAAGUUGUGGGAGCUGUGUGAAUGGAACCCUUUGUAACAACAUAACAGGAAUUUGUCCGGACGGUUGUGAACAUCAUUGGAAUGGAACUAAGUGUGACGAGUGCGUCGAUGGAUACUAUGGAUCUAGUUGCAUAAGAACGUGUGAAAAUUGCAUCCAAACAAAAUGCACAAAAACAGGAUAUUGUCUGCUUGGAUACAGAGAUAAUAUGAAAGAAAACAAUUUACCACUUGGAGGGAGCACAGCCGGAAUUAUUGGAGGGGUCAUUACGUCGAUCAUUAUUGCGGUAUUUGUUGUGAUCUCCUUAGUUAUUGCUGCAAGACGACGGGUUUUGCAUAAAGACAUCAACGAAAGAAGAAUCCUUGCAAAGACUUUUGAAGAGGAAAGCAAUAAAAUUGAAGAAAACCCUUCAGAUAUAAAUAGUGAUUUAAAUCAAAUAUCAACUCAAGAAUCAAGCAUUGACAUUGCUGGUGAUUGUGUGUAUUACAAUACAAAUCAAACAAGCAGUGAUAUCAAAAUUGAAGACCUACAGAAAAGUAUAGCAACAAAAAUCGUUGGUGAAAAGUCCCCUUUUCUUUUGGAAUAUAAUAGACUUCCUCAUGGGGACGUAAAUAAAUGCCACACGGCUCGGGAGAAAGAAAAUCUCGUCAAGAACCGAUUCAAAACAACAUUUCCUUAUGAACACUCUAGAGUUAUCCUCAAAGAGAAAUGGAACAAAGACGACAAUGAUUACAUAAAUGCAAACUAUGUCAGGGAUUUGAAUGGUGAAAGUCGCUUCAUUGCAACACAAGGUCCUUCGAAGAAUACAAUAGCAGACUUUUGGAGAAUGGUAUUACAAGAGAAUAUUGAUUGUGUUCUAAUACUCACAAAUAUUGUCGAGAAUGGAAAGAACAAAUGUACUCAGUAUUGGCCAAAUAAGGAUCACCCGAUGAAAAUUGGUCAAUGUAAGGUUUCCUUGUUGGAAGAAUCUGAAUAUGCUUUCUACACAGUUCGAAAGCUGUCAAUAAAGAGGCAAAAUCCAAAUGAACUGAGGACAAUUACCCAGUUCCACUACACAGCUUGGCCAGACCACGGAACCCCAGAAGAGAUAGAACUCGUUCAGUUCCACAGAGCUGUUUUGAAAGUAUGGCAAACUGGACCUCCAUUAUUGGUUCAUUGCAGUGCCGGAGUGGGUAGAACGGGAACAUAUAUUGGUCUUAAUGUGUUACUACAACAAGGGAGAGAAACGGGGCGGAUCAACGUUUUUGAUUUUGUGAAGCAAAUGAGAGAGGACCGUAUGAGCAUGGUUCAGACAGUUGAGCAGUAUGUGUUUUUACAUAAAGCCUUACUUUGUGGAUUCCAAGAUAUAGAGACUGUGAUAUCUGAACAUGACUUUCGAGCAAAAGUACUCACGCUUUUGAAUGAUGCCUCGCCUUUUAAUCAACAACAACUGAACAAGGAGUUCCAGUUAUUAGUGGCUUUGAAACCUGUUUACGAUAUUGAGACCAAAGAAGAUGCUUUGAAACCCUCGAACCGAACCAAAAAUGUUGAUAUGAAUAUUUUACCAGCAUCAAAAUACAGACCCUUCAUAACAACAUAUGUACGAGGAAGAAAUGACUAUAUAAAUGCAGUUUUCGUUUCCACAUUUACGAAUCCACUAGGAUUUAUUGUUACCCAGAAUCCUCUUCCUGAUACUGAGGUAGAUGUAUGGAGACUGUGUAAGGACCAUGACGUGGAAUCAGUGGUGGUUCUAAAUGACGAUAAUGUGGGAACUAACUGGCUUCCCAAUGGAGGAGAAAAGCAACAGUGUAAACCUUUUACCAUAAGUACUAAAAACAAUGGGUUUGACAGUGAUGGUAUCCAACAAGAUCGUCUUCUUAUAUCAACAGAUGAUUAUAAAUCGUAUGUUGAAGUCUUCCGAAUUCCAUCUGAAAAUGAUGCCGCUUUACUAAAAGUAGCAAAACUGCUGCUAGAAAAAGGAAAUGCAUCAACAUCGCUCGUCAUAAGCAGCAAUGGUGCUGGUCCAGCUGGGAUAUUCUGUGUUUUAUAUAACGCCCUUGAACAGCUUCGUAUGGACGGAGAGGUGGACAUAUUUACACGAGUCCGACAGAUCCAGACCAGGCGACCAGAAGUCAUCACAACGCUUGAAGAGUACCGCAGGUGUUACCAGUUACUUGUUGGAUCCGUUUCAUCGGAGGGGAUAUAUGCUAAUGUUUGAGUCAUACUCAAUAAUGUAUCUUCAAUACGAACAAUAAAAAGUUCAUUCUUCAAUUUGGAUUGGAAAAAUUCUAAAAAGGAUCUGUUUAUGUAAAUUACUUGAACGAAAAUGUAAUUCAUUUAAUUGAGUUCAGUUACAUUUAUCAUUAUCAGAAUCUCUUUUAAUUGAAAUUUAUGUAUUACAUUUACUAAGCAAACUGUUUUCUUUUCUUGCAUAGAAGAAAUUAUACUUGGAAAAUAUUAUACAAUUAUAGCCUUUUGAUGAGGUCAAUCCCUCGAUAUAUAGACUUUAAAGAAAGUAUAUCGUGCUCGGUCGAUAUGCUUUCUCUAGGGUCUAUAUAUCGAGGGAUUGUACCGACACAAAAGGCUACAAUUGUUUCAUUAUUUUUUAUCAGUUGAUAAGAAAUGUCUUAAAAUCCUUCUCUAUAAUACUCAGUACCUUCUCAUACAAGGCAUUGUUAUGUCAUUGCAUUAUGACGUCACAGUAAUAAAAACAGCUGCAGUAUCUAUUUUUAGAUACAUCCAGUCUAUAAAUACUAUUGUGACGUCAACACUAUUGUUGCAUCACAGAAAAACAUUCUAAUUUUAGAAAAAGCGGGUUUAUAAAUUUUCAAAAUAGAAACAUCCAGUCUGUAACACUUUUUUAUACUUGAUCAUGUGAUCCAGUUUGAGCCAAUCAGAUAGUUGAAACAAUAAGGAAAAACAAUUAUAGUUUACAGCAAAACUCGGUUAGUACGAACACGGAUAUUGCGAAUUUACGGAUAUAGCGAAGUCAUCUUGGAUCCCCAGCUAUAUAAAUUUAAUUAAUUUCUUAUACGUUUAUAAAGAAUUACGGAUAUAGCGAAGUAAUUUCAUGGGUCCCAGUGACUUCGUUAUAAUCGAGUUUUGCUGUAUACUUCAAUAAAUUACAAAUAUGGACAAACUCAGUAAAAGUUUACAGAUGAAAAUAAAUUUCAGAAUACGCUAGCUUAGUGCUUAAAGUAUUAUGUAAAAUUUUUAAAAAAUUUAUACGAAGCCAGGUGAAUCUAUGAGGAUUUUAACAAUUUUGCUUUCCUCUGAAGAAUUAACUAAUAUUUUCCAG